CCAACAAGAUCUAUGGCAUCAUCUUCGUCUGUACCGGAUGAAAGCUUUCGGAGUAGGAUCUCACUACGACUGAGACGGCUUCGUCACAAGCUCCAGCACCACCCUAGUAACAAUAGCGUCCAAUCUGCCCAGGCUGUCAAUCCAGAUUCAGGCAAUUCGCAAAACAUUGUUGAUUCGCAACUAUCCUAUCAAACAUUCGGUCCGUCUACAGAGCUCGAUGUCAGCAGAAAUGACGAAACUCGUACCCCCAAUGACGCUGUCCGCAGCAUAGCACCUCCAUCAGAUUUGUGGAGUGCAGCCUAUCGCGAGGCAGUGGAUGGUCUUCGAAAGGAAACAGACUUCGUCAUCGACAUUGAUAGCAAUGCUGCCGAAUUAUUCGAAAAACUUGAAGAAUUCGAUAAGGACGCAACUCAAGAGUCCGCCUUUCUACGCGGCGUGGCUUACUUGCGCUCUAUACAGGUGCCGCUUGAGAGAUUCAAGCUAGCAUUAGAUCUGGCAUCCCCCUGGGCUAACCUGGACCCAACAGCGAAAACCGUUUUCACGGUGGUCAGUGGUGUUACAGCGGUUGCCAUAACCUUUGCAACGGCCGAUCUGGCAUUCGCGGAGCAAAUCGGAGAAAUGUUAGAGCAAAUUUCGUACAUUGAUGAUUGUGAUACCCUUGGUCAGAGGGGAAAUAGGGCAGAUAUUCAUAAGGCACUCGUAUCUGUGUAUAAGAAGAUUUUGGAGUUUUAUGAAGCCGCACAUGACAUCCUUACUAGACGGGGUGGAAAACUGGCAAUGAAGAUGAUAUUAGAAACAGAUCGUCUACCGCACAUCAUCCAGGAUUUUCUGAAACAGGCUGAAUUGCUUCGAAAACUGAUAGAAAAAGCAACCUGGGAGAUUGUUGAGGAUAUCAAGGCUAUGCUUUAUGAUCGUGAAAUUGCUAGGUGGCUUGGUAGUGACAAGGUCAAUCUGCAGAGUCAAUAUCACGUACACCUGCAAGAUCUUCGAUCUGAUAGUGCCUGCAAAUUCCUACUCUCACAUCCUAGUUUCAUGGACUGGUAUCGUGCUACUGGUUCUCGACAACUGCUGAUUCUUGGAGAGAUGGGCUGUGGAAAAUCAGUUUUGAUGUCGUUUCUCGUGGACGAGUUACAUCGCAGAAACGAGCAUCAAUUGCCAAGACCCAAAGUAUGUUAUCAUUAUUGCCGAAAUGAUGGAACCGGGAAACCUGUCUACAUACUUUCCUCGUUGAUUCUAGCGCUACUUGAACAGCUUUCUGGUUUGAAGAAGAGCUUCUAUGAGUGGUACAAGGAAAACCAGUCGUUGGGAAUUGUAGAUCCAGCCACAAGUAUCCCGAAACUAGAAGAAUUCUUAAUACAGGUGCUGGAAAUACUGGACCGCCCAAUCUUCAUCACAAUCGAUGGGCUAGAUGAAUGCGACAGAACCUCUCGGAAAAUUCUUCUCGAACUAUCAAAUACCUUGCUGCGUAAGGCCCCACGCCUUAGCAUUGUAUUUUCGUCCCGUCUCGAUGAAGAGACUUUGCAACAAAUGGAUAGAACACCGACUAUCGUCAUGAGCUCUGAUAUUCAUAGAGAUAGAGUUAUCGUUCAGCACACGGUCGAAAAAAGAUUGGACUAUUUGUCGGCGGAUGUCGCAUCCCUCAUCAUACAGAGUCUAUCUCGUAUGGCGCAGGGCAGCGCUAUAUGGACCAAGAUGAUAGUGGAACUAAUCGAAAUCCGGAAAAUUAGAGCGCACGGGCCGAUGAAGCGAUUUUUAGAGGGCUUGCCUCUGCCUCAGCAUCUAUCAAACAUUUACACCACCCUGCUUGAACGAAGCUCCGCAGAUGAUACGGAUAACCAGGCGAUUGCAAUUGGGGCCUUGAAGAUUUUAGCUAUUGCAUGCAGGCCUCUUAGCAUACAAGAGCUGGCCUGGGCUGUGGCAUUGGCUACGGUCCAACAUGAUGUUACUACUGUAGCCGCUCUUGCCCAAUUAGUCGAUCCCCAAAGGGUGGUCAGUCUCAUCCACCCCUUCAUCAUGCGCAUUGACUUCGUCGAUGUCAAAAAGCGCCAAGUACAAUUAGUACAUCAAUCAGUGAAAGAAUACAUCAUCGAGGAAUCAUGGCGCCAUGGAGGAUCCAUUACGACAAGAGCACCCAACCAAACUGAGAACCACCAAAAUGAGCGUCUGGAGCAAUUCAUCCUAGAGCUAUGUAUCCGAUACCUCUGUUUGGACGAAAUUGGAAGGUCUCGCUUGUUUUCCGAUGAACAAAUUGCAAUCGAUCAGCUACCAGAAGAUUUCGAUCUAUUCAGCGAUGACAGCUCAGUCAAUUACGAUAAUUACUGCACAUGGGAAGUUUGGGAAGAAAACAUGAUACGCUACGAUCCAACUGAGCGUGGUUUUGGCGAGUUCUUCGUGUAUGCAUCAAGUCACUGGCUCAAGCAUCUCGGCGCAGUCAAAAGCGGACCCAUCACAUAUCUGAUGAACAUAGAAAAUUUAUGUGAAGCAGGUUCAAUACGACUUGAUAAUUGGAUCAACCAAAGCUGUCGCCCCAACUGCACGAUUAAGGCCAGAUUCGAUUUUGACAGUCGUUUAUAUGAUCCACUCAGCAUCACUUCGCUCUACGGCUCGAAUAUCGUCCUCCACGAUUUGCUCGAAAAUUCAAGCUUUGACAAAAACAAAUAUCUUGCAUCUCCAGCCAUAGGAGCGGCUGACCAAGUUUUGCAAUGGGGAGAUUUGUCGAGGCUCAGGACCCUCCUAAACAGCGAAAUCGGUUACCAGAUAAAAAAUCUGGAUUUUUUUUGUCUCGUCAUUGAACGAUGGUCACAACUCAACUCACGCCAUGAUGAUUGGGAGGUGGCUUUUGACCUCAUCGACUCCGUGCAAGAUUUGUUGGUCGAAGAAAAAUGGGGUCAUCAACUGCUGAACUUUGCUGCUCGCAUCGGAUGCAUGCCCAUGAUCCAACGUCUGCUAAGGAGAGCGCAGGAUCACAUGGAAGUGGAGGGUGAACUGUGUAAUUCUCAGCCAAUCACAGAAGCUGUAUUGGGAAAUCACGUUGAUGUGGUGAGAUACUUUAUGAACGAGGGAAUGUUUCGAGCGAGCAUUCAUCGCACAGAUCGUGAAUCUGCAAAUAUUCUGCAUCUAGCAUCAGGACGAUGUAACCCGGAUAUUCUUCGCCUCCUGGCCCCCGUUUUCCAGAAUGACAUGGGUCAAACUGACAUUUAUGGGGAUACGGCGCUCACACGAGUUAUCAGAAACAAAUCCAAUUCGCAAGAUCGUCAUGAUGCCGCAAAAGUGUUGCUAGCAUACAUGGACCCCGAGAAAGACAACUAUGCGCAGCCCAACCCCCUUCGGAUUGCUGUAGAGCUUGGAGAUGUUGAGAUGUGUCAACUUUUGAUUUGUGAAGGUAGAAUGGAUCCGUUCUCCGUUCUGACACGUAAUCAAGAUGGAGAUCCGACCAUGAAGUAUAAGCCUUUGAAAGAAGAAAAGGCAUUGCAGAAGCUGCUGCAAGAACAUGCUGCUCUCACAUCAACGUUACGACAAGACACAUAA